CGCCACUGGGCCACCAAUCUAUGCAGCGCGAUCGAGACUGUUUUUGACACCAAGUCGACCGUCGAUGCGCCGCCUCAGCCCCACUGAGGACUUGCAAUAAAACGUAUCACAGCAAACUGUGCUCAAUGGAAGGAUGUGCAACGUAAGUUGAUGAGAGCUGUUGGAACGGUUAGGGUAGAGGGUGUAAAGUGGAACUGCGCACUGCUGACACGAACACGGAGCCCACACUCACUUGCUGCGAUGCCCAAGUUGACGGCUCGGCUCGCCGAGCUAUGACCUGGGCGGCGACUGAGAUCCAAGCAUGGACAACAUCGGUGUAAACAAAUGCGGCCCAGGGUCCAGCAGUAAUACAACAAACACAAUGGACACCUCACCAUCCCGUACAAACGAUCGCCUGUGCAUCCACGUGCGCACGUGCACAGCACACAGACAGGACCCGCACCAUGCUUUCACUUGCUCGAGGCCAGGCGAGACAUGUGAUCAGAUCCCAAAGCACUAUACACAAUGCUGCAUGGAGUUGCAUCUUCGCAAGGGCAGCGCUCAAGGGGCGGGUCCUUGGUCGUACGUAUCCAAGGGCUCCGAGGGCGUCCAAGGCCUGAACUCGUGUGGCGAAUUCGCUAGAUGAGUGCCGCUGAGUCGAGGAUACAUUUUCCCGAAGCGUACCCUAGAAAGCGACACUGACACGAAAGCUACGGCAAGGCGUGUAUACGACGGAGCAAACCAGAACGACGUACCCCUCAACAGUAUGCGCUGACGUGCUGCGUGCUUGCCACCUUCAGCGGCACACGGGCGGGAGAAACUUGCCAGGCGAACCCCCCAGCACUCUGUAAACGGGGGCGGGGCGCCGUGCGGACGCAGCCACUGGG